UCAUUUCCUCUUAUUAUCUAUUUAUUCCACCUUCCCAUCUCGUUAAUGGAAUCUAUAUAGGAUUGAGUAUCUGAGACCCAUUACAAGGUUUCAAGAGGAGGAACAAGAAAGCUGAAACAAGAUCACAAAAUAUGCUUUUGAGAAGCACUUCUACACCCAUCUUGAAAACCUACGCUAAUGCUGCUGCUGCUGCAUAUGGUUGCCAAUUAUCAGCUCAGGAAGCUGAUCUCGGUCCCAAGUUUUCGCCGUCGAGGACUGUCUCCUUAAGCCUUAAACGGACAUCAUCAGAAGGCGAGCUUAGGCUCUUCUCCAUAGCCAAGGAAAGCAUAUUAUCGAAAAGUCCUAGGUCAGCUGUUGUCGUUAAUGAUAAGGAAGGGAUGAGCGUGCGCAUGGAAACUGCGUCUCUUCUUUCUGACAGGUCGUCGGUGGCUCUCGCUGAUGUAAAGGAGGUGGAGGAAGAGGAGGAGGUGGAGGAAAUGGAAAUGGUCUCCGUGGGUGGUGGACUUGGAGGUGGUGUUGGCAAUAGUGGUGGACGUCGCGGCAGCGGUGGCGGCAGAGGUGAUGGGUCGUCCUGGGAUUCAGAACACAUGGAUAAAUAUUAUCAAAGCAUGAUAAGGACGUAUCCUGCAGAUGGUCUUCUUCUUGCAAACUAUGCCAAAUUCUUGAAAGAGGUACGAGGUGACACUCUGAAAGCUGAGGAACUCUGUGAAAGGGCAAUGGUAGCAAAUGCAAGAGAUGGAAAUGUUCUGUCUAUGUAUGGAGAUCUCAUUUGGAAUAACCAUAAGGAUGGUGCUCGUGCUCAGAGUUACUUUGAUCAAGCUAUUCAAUCCUCUCCUAAUAACUGUUAUGUUCUUGCAUCUUAUGCUCGAUUCCUGUGGGAUGCUGAGGAAGAGGACCAAGGAGAGGGAAAUGAAGAGAAAGGAGUUCACUUCAGUAGUUUGUCUCCAUGCGAACCAUCUCACAAAAUUUCACAUGGAUAUGCUCAUCUGACUGCAACAUCUUAAAGCUUGGAAAAAUAUAUCCUGAUUUGGUGUUCUCUAAUAGAUAUAUAUGGCCAGAAAAAACAAAAAGAAGAUAAAAGAAAAGAAAGGAGGCUUGAAAGUCUGUUUCUUUUCUCAUCUCAUCAUGAUGAAGAUGGAGAUGUUGAGAAAACAUUUUCUCUAUUGAAAUAUAAAAUAUCUAGAGGAUAGAAUCAAUAAUUAAUAAUAGAAAGAGGGUUUAUGAUGUA